AUGGGGAGUAAAACUGAAAUAACGGGAGCGGAAAAUGAAAUCUUUCCUGCAGAUGUAUUGGAGACAACAUCUUGCGAUAAAGGGAACUCUCAUGAUCAGAAUAUAUCUGAUUCUCCCAAGCACGGACAAGAAUCAAACUCUUGCGAAACCCAUAGUUCGCCUACACCCAAGUGGCGCAAGAUUCUCGGGUUUGUUUGGGACACCGCAGAGGGCGACGAAGAGUAUCGCCGAUAUGUGCAAAGAUUGGAUUUGAUAUUUUUCCCAACAGUAUGUCUCGGCUACUUCAUCAAAUAUCUCGAUCAGACAAACUACAGCAAUGCAUUCGUUUCUGGUAUGCAAGAAGAUUUUAGUCUAUAUGGAAAUGAGAGAAAUUGGAUAAACACCUGGUUCAGCCUGGGUAUAAUGGUCGGAAGCGUGCCCGCACAAAUGACACAACUAACAUUCAUCCGCCCGUCUAUCCUAAUCCCAUGCUGUGAGCUCAUCUGGUCAGGCCUGGUGAUUGGAAUUGGGUUCUCGAAAAACAUCAAAACGAUUUACGCUCUACGCUUUUUCAUUGGUUUAUUCGAAGCCUGCGCGUUUCCUGGAUACGUGGCUAUGCUAGGAAGUUGGUAUGGACCGAAAGAAUUGGCUAAACGCACCGCAAUCUUGCUAGAGAUUGAAUCCAUCGCGAGCAUGUUCAGUGGCUAUCUUCAGGCAGGGCUGCAUUCUAGCAUGGAUGGCAGAGCCGGUAUUGCCGGCUGGAGAUGGUUGUUUGUGAUGGAUGCGAUUAUUUCCCUUCCUGUGGCAAUAUGGGGAUUCUUUGGGCUACCAGACACGCCCCAUACAACGAGGGCAUUUUAUUGGUCUGAAAAGCAUAUCCGCUAUGGUAUUGAGCGAAUCGAGAAAUUCGGACAUACGGCUCAACCCAAGCUUACGUGGGCUGAGAUGAAGCGCAUUUUUCUGGGAUGGAAGAUUUGGGCCUUUGUGGUUCCAUAUACGAUGGUCGCUGCUUGUCAUACAGCGACCAGUUAUUUCAACCUUUGGCUCAAAGCAGCCGGAUAUAGCGUGACGAAAGUGAAUACUCUCCCUACUGGAGGAAACGCCUUGGCCAUUGUGGUAACAAUUACUUGGGGUAUCCUGGCCGAUAGAACGGGGCAAUUUUACUCGCUCAUCACAGGCCUUCAACUCGCGAUGAUACUUUCAAACAUCCUCUUGGCAAUCUGGCAUAUUCCCAAGGGUGCACUGAUGUUUGCGUAUUAUUUGUCUUAUGCAGGAUCCGCUGCCACUCCGGUCCUUAUUGCAUGGGCAACAAAGCUCAAUGCGAAUGAUCCAAACUUGAGACAGUUACUCGUCGCUACUGCAAAUGUUGUUUCUUAUGCGUGGGUGCUUUGGGUACCAUUGGUUCUGUUUCCGACUUACGAUGCUCCACAGUACGAAUAUGGCUACCAGAUUCUCAUAAUAUUCGGGGGUCUCGCUGUCAUUAGUGUGACGUUGCUGUGGUUUCUGUAUAGAAGAGACGAGCAAAAGGAAUCUCAGAAGGGAGGUGUGGGUGUUGAGGCUGCCUCGGAGGAUUCAAGCGAAUUGAAGUAG